GUGGCCGCGGGCGGGUGUGCGCGCUGGGCCGGCGCCCCCGAGCGCCCUGCCUCGCCUCCCGCGCGCAGCCUUUCUCCGGCUCAGCCGCAGACACACACCCACCAAGUCCCCUCCACCCUCCGCCCCCACCGGCCGCCGCCGCCUUGCAGCCGGGGCAGCGGCAACUCGGCUGGCGCGGCUUACUUGCCGGCUCCUUCCGCGCGGCGAGCUCAACCCCGCUCGAUUUUUCCUCUUCGAUCCCAGCCUCUCCGGUUUGGGCGGCGGCGGCGGCAGCGGGAUGGGGGCCCGCGAGGGGAAGGGGUGAAGAUCGAUGGAGAUUAUUGUUCUUUUGAAGGAUACCUUAGCUUUCUCCCGCCGCCUCUCCUUUGAGCCUUCCCUCUGGAGACGGUGAACCAGUCAGGGAUGUAAAGAGAGGGCGGAAAACGCGAGGAGCUCCAGCCAGCCGGGGAGACCCUCCUCUCUGUGGAGGGGAGGGGAUUUCCAGCGACAGAUCAUUGGCGAAGGGGACCGUCGCAGGGAGAGCCGCCCGGAGGGAGCGGGGAAUCCCACAGCCUUUGUGGUGCCCGCGCCGCGCCGCCUGCCGAGCGGGCUCGUGGGAGCUAGGUCAAAAGUCACUUGCUCAAAGAGGUCUUCUCAGGCACCCAGAAUAGGUUGUGUCUGUGGAAAUGCCUGCCUCAGAGCGAUAUCGCUGCAGCUGACCUCCCCGCGGUGAAUUCUUUUGAGGACCCUGGCUCUGCGGCUUUGUUCAGUUCAAAAUGGCAGAAAAGGCUCCCCCUGGCUUAAACAGGAAGACUUCAAGGUCGACACUUUCUCUUCCACCAGAGCCGGUGGACAUCAUUAGGAGCAAAACGUGCUCACGGAGAGUAAAGAUCAACGUGGGGGGCCUCAACCACGAAGUCCUGUGGCGAACGCUGGACCGGCUGCCGCGGACGCGCCUGGGGAAGCUCCGGGACUGCAACACGCACGAGAGCCUCCUGGAGGUGUGUGACGACUACAACCUGAACGAGAACGAGUAUUUCUUUGAUCGGCACCCGGGAGCCUUCACUUCCAUUUUAAAUUUUUACCGGACCGGGAAACUCCACAUGAUGGAGGAAAUGUGUGCUCUCUCUUUUGGCCAAGAGCUUGAUUACUGGGGGAUUGAUGAGAUCUACUUAGAGUCCUGCUGCCAAGCCAGAUACCAUCAGAAGAAGGAGCAAAUGAAUGAAGAACUGAGGCGAGAGGCAGAGACCAUGCGAGAGCGGGAGGGCGAAGAGUUUGACAACACCUGCUGCCCGGAGAAACGGAAGAAGCUAUGGGACUUGCUGGAGAAACCCAACUCAUCCGUGGCUGCAAAGAUCUUGGCCAUUGUGUCCAUCCUGUUCAUCGUACUUUCCACCAUUGCUCUGUCUCUCAACACUCUACCAGAGCUGCAGGAAAUGGAUGAAUUUGGACAACCCAAUGACAACCCCCAGUUAGCCCAUGUGGAGGCUGUGUGUAUUGCGUGGUUUACCAUGGAGUACCUUUUACGGUUCCUAUCCUCACCCAAUAAAUGGAAGUUCUUUAAAGGCCCCCUAAACGUCAUUGAUUUGCUGGCCAUCCUGCCAUAUUAUGUCACCAUUUUCCUCACAGAGUCCAACAAGAGCGUGCUGCAGUUCCAAAACGUGAGGCGUGUGGUUCAGAUCUUCCGGAUCAUGCGCAUCCUCAGGAUCCUGAAACUCGCCAGGCACUCGACAGGCCUGCAGUCUCUGGGUUUCACCCUCAGACGGAGUUACAACGAAUUGGGCUUAUUAAUAUUGUUUCUGGCCAUGGGGAUAAUGAUCUUUUCCAGCCUGGUAUUUUUUGCUGAGAAGGAUGAAGAUGCUACCAAGUUUACCAGUAUCCCAGCAUCGUUUUGGUGGGCCACCAUCACCAUGACCACUGUGGGCUACGGUGACAUCUACCCAAAAACAUUGCUAGGGAAGAUCGUGGGGGGCCUCUGCUGUAUUGCUGGGGUUCUGGUGAUUGCCCUUCCAAUCCCAAUCAUUGUGAACAACUUUUCUGAGUUUUACAAGGAGCAGAAACGCCAGGAGAAGGCAAUUAAAAGGCGAGAGGCUCUUGAGCGGGCCAAAAGGAAUGGAAGCAUCGUCUCUAUGAACUUAAAAGACGCCUUUGCUCGAAGUAUGGAACUGAUAGACGUGGCCGUGGAGAAGGCAGGGGAGUCAGCCAAUACGAAGGACUCGGCUGAUGACAAUCACCUGUCUCCAAGCCGGUGGAAGUGGGCCAGGAAGGCGCUGUCAGAAACAAGCUCCAACAAGUCCUACGAGAAUAAGUACCAGGAAGUAAGCCAAAAAGACUCCCACGAGCAGCUGAACAACACUUCUUCCUCCAGCCCCCAGCAUCUGAGUGCUCAGAAACUGGAGAUGCUGUACAAUGAAAUCACCAAGACACAGCCUCAUACUCACCCUAACGCCAACUGCCAAGAACAGCCUGAGCAGCCAUCUGCGUAUGAAGAAGAGAUAGAAAUGGAAGAAGUGGUCUGCCGGCAGGAGCAGCUGGCAGUGGCGCAGACCGAGGUCAUCGUGGACAUGAAAAGCACCUCCAGCAUCGACAGCUUCACCAGCUGUGCCACUGACUUCACCGAGACUGAGAGGUCACCGCUGCCGCCUCCCUCGGCUUCUCACUUGCAGAUGAGGUUCCCACCUGACCUCACAGGGACAGAAGAGCACCAAAGAGCCAGGGGGCCCCCAUUGCUGACACUCAUCAGAGAGAAAGGGCCUGUGGCCAGGAAUGCUGCCCUGGAAUAUGCUCCAGUAGACGUAACUGUGAACCUUGAUGCCAGCAGUGCCCAAAGUGGGGUACACGGCCCUGUGCCAUCUGACAGUAACUCCGAGAGCCCCAAGAGCUCUCUGAAAGGCAGCAACCCACUGAAAUCCAGAUCGCUCAAAGUGAACUUCAAGGAAAACAAAGGCAGUGCACCCCAGACCCCGCCCAGCACAGCCAGGCCCCUACCGGUCACCACAGCGGACUUUUCGCUCACCACCCCACAGCUCAUAAGCACCAUCCUCUUAGAAGAAACCCCUGCCCGGGCAGACAGACCCUUGCUGAGCGCUGAGGGUUCAGCACAUUGUCAGGGACCUCCCAAAGGGCUGACCCCUCGGUUUCCCAAACAGAAACUCUUUCCUUUCUCGUCAAGAGAGAGGAGGAGCUUCACUGAAAUAGACACGGGUGAAGAUGAUGACUUUUUAGAGCUCCAAGGGGAAAGGCAGGACAAACAAGCAGACUCCAGCCCAAAUUGCUUUGCAGAUACACCUAGUGAUGGAAGAGACCCUUUAAGAGAAGAGGCCUGUGUGGGCCCUUCCUCCCCCCAGGACCCAAGUCACAACUGUAGGCAAGACAUUUACCAUGCUGUGGCUGAAGUGAAAAUGGACAAUAUUCAAGAAGGGUGCAAGAUGGAAAACCACUUGUUUGUCCCAGAAAUUCAUUCCAACCCAGGAGACACGGGUUAUUGUCCCACACGUGAAACCAGCAUGUGACUAGUUACAAAAGCAAUAAAAAAAAACUUGUUUCUUAAAAAUGCGGUUAAUAAUGCCUGUGAACUAAAACAAAAGGGGAAGCCCCCCCAAAAAAGUGCAUAAAAUGUUAUUUUUUGCAUGGCAUGAACAGUUAGUUUAAGUACUGUUUAAAUAAAGAGUCAAGACUGCAUUUUGUAACAAACAAACAAAAAUGACUGAAGAACAAUGAACCAAUAAAGAGAGCUCUAUUAGGAACCAGUAUUCUGCAAUGUCUGACAUUUUUGAUCCUUUCAUUUCAAAUUGUAGACAGAUUUUCAACUUUUAACUUUUCUGUUACAGUGAAUUUUAGAAUUUGCACAUGAAAGGAUGAAAUGUCAUUGCAUGUAU